GUCAAGUUGAUCAAUUACACUCAGCCACGAAGACAGUACCACGUCAAAGAAGACGCCACAGACACACAUCCAAGGCCAAGGCCUUAUUGCCGUCAGACGUUCAGGUCCCAAGCUUGGCCUCACCCAGAAGCGCCCAAACAAGCAAGGGAUGGCUGCCGUUUGCCGUCUGGGCAUCCCUCUACGUACCGUCAGAAGUACCAGAUACGUCAACUGGUGAUACAAAUUUAGACAAUGCGUUAAUUCCGUGACAUCAGCAGGGUCGCUAUAGAUUUUCACAGAGUCAGGGCUCACUUCAGACUCUCCCCCGGAUGCGCGGGGCCGCACGGGGCUGGUGAUUGGAGUUCGGUGGAGAUGCUCCGGAAUUGGCUUGAUAAUGCAGCCAAGACCAAUGACAUAUCCUAAACCCAUCGGCGAUUGACGACUAUCAAACUGUUGACCUUGUGUCCGUUUUAUAACCUGUAUUUCUGAAUAUUAUUUCAUCCAAGACUCUGCAGUGACCUACCUAUUGAUGGUGAGUAGGGUAAAGUCAGGGGCUGAUGACCAGGUUUGUUUACGAGAGAUUGUCGGUGACUGACCUGACGUCAAUCCAGAUGAAAUGAAAUGAAAUGAAAUGGCAAACGGAAUUUGCGGUUGAUUACGGUAGCUAGCCAAAUCAAGAGAACAUUCUCGUAUCUACUCUGUCGUGGUUAAUAAUUCUAGACUCUCGUCUCUUCUCUUUUUCCUUCUAAAAACAGACCCCACUUAGUCGUUCCGCUCCCGCAUUGACCACUAAAAUGACCCAGCUUAGCGGGAGACACUACGUCAUAAGCAUCAACUCUCCAACUCACGUCACCUAAACAACUUUGGUUGGUUCUGACCAGGUUUUACAGUUUUAGUCUUGUCUUUCUUGUCGUGUGUUGCUUGCUUAUCGCUUAAUUCACAUUCACAUAAUCAAUCACUCAAAAUCACCUCAGUCAGUGGGUGAUUUGAUUACUACUGUUUGAUAACCUGCUUUUCCACUUUCGUAGGCAAGACACGUACUACUAAUGACGGUCAACAACUUCAAACUGCUUACCCCCCAUCAAACCACAAACCUACCUUAGACGCUAUCAAACCUCACGCACGCACGCACAUCAGCAAACUAUCAUUCUUUUUAUUCCUUCUGAUCAGCAAUUUUGAGCCAAUCCUUGUUCUUACUACGUCUCCCACCGCGCUUACAGAAUACCGUACUGUACCAUUAUUGUACUGUACUGCAUACUGAGUCAACCACGUGUUGCACACAAAUCUCUCCACCGCUUCUCCGUAACAGCCGGGUCUCGUCUUGGCUUGACUUUGACUUGGGCUUGGAUUGUGCUUCCUCACUUUGCAGCCUCUCUUCUCUCUGCCGUCUUUUCCUGACAACCCUUCUCGACCCCUACCAUAACCAACCUAGCCCGCUGCAAUCUGCAGUCUCACCCAAAAAGCCAUAAUCUCAUAGGCUGGUGUUGGUGUUUGCUGGCUAGGACCCCCUCCCCCCUCCCCUCUUCCAGAUACUGUACCUAAAUUCACAUCUGAUAUGGAGACUGAAUUCACCCCCUCUGAGUCACGACCAACCACCCCGGAACCUCCGGGCUAUGUGAAUCCUCUCGAGUCCAGCUCUAGAUGGUACCUGAUCGCUCGUGCCCAAGCCAUUCGUUCUGCUGCCAGUCUUGGUUUCAGUAUCGCUAAUCGUACGGAUCCUCCUGCACCCUCGCCAACCAAGGACAUUUGGCUCGAUGCUACCCUGUCCAAGGCUGAUCUUGGCCGCGCCGACCGCGCCAAGACAAAGAUCAAGGCCGAAGUAUGGAUGCCGCCCCGUCCCGCUCUCGGUGCCCGGGCUGCCGUUAUAAACUUCCACGGAGGCGGAUGGAUUCUCGGUCAAGGCACCGACGAUGCCCGUUGGGCCGGUGCUAUCAUGGCUAAUCUGGACGCCGUUGUCUUUACUGUCAACUAUCGUCUCGCGCCGUCUUGUCCCUUCCCGACUCCCAUCGAGGAUUGUGUGGAUGCAGUUCUUCAAAUCAAGCAUCGUGCUGCGGAAUUCGGCAUAGACCCUGAUCGUAUCAUCCUGUCGGGGUUUUCCGCUGGUGCCACAAAUGCCCUGGCAAGUUGGCUCAUUCUUAACGACCCUGAUCGAUGGGGUUACAAGUUCCCCAUCGAGCCUCCAAAGAUUGCCGGAAUCACUCUCUACUAUCCCCUUCUGGACUGGACCAUCUCGCGUCCAGAAAAACGGCUUACAUGUUCAAAGCCGGAGUUUACCUUACCCAAGGGUCUAACAGAUCUUAUCGACGCUUCCUUCAUCUACCCAAUCAUUCCUCGAGAGGAACGUUGCGACCCAAGACUAUCCCCAGGUUUGAUGCCUGAUGAGUUACUCAAGAAGCUUCCUCCCAUUCACUUGGUCUUGUGCGAGUAUGACAUGCUCCUCGCCGAAGGUCUCAAGUUCUCAAAUCGUCUCAAGGCUGCUAACAAGCAGUUCACAUUACGUAUAGUCGAAGGAGAGAGACACGCGUGGGAUUGUCCACCACCCAUGUCGCCAAAGGAGAGUGUUGCCAUUGAGUAUCAAGAGGCCGUGGAGACUAUGGCCAGUUGGUUUGGGCAGAAGUGCGAGACUGACACUGAAUCCAUGCGAUCAAUGAGACUGAAACGGCCGGUUCUCAAGCGACCCAAAUACCUCUCCUUCAAAACCUGGUCCGGGAGGUAGUUGCCCCCGGCAGGGUUCUUGAUUCUCGUGGGUUCGAUUUUGUUGCUUUACUUCGUCCGUUAGUCGUUUCCUUUUUCUUUCAUUCUAGCGCGGCGCAUAAUGCGAUUAAUGAGACAAGACUUGGCAACAUAUGAGAAGCAGGGCAUUGGUUUGGACAUAAUUGGUUCUGAGCGAAAUAAAAUUCAUAUACUACAGACAUAAAUAAGACAGAUUUCCCGACAUAAUGAUCCAGGAACGGGUGGCAGUGCAAAAAUAAGCAUCAGGGUCUUGGUUCUUGUGAAGAUCAUGAUCCAGCCACUACCAAGCGUGUAAGCCA